AUGCACCGGACAUCCAUGAUAAGAGGCUUGUCGCAAGUGGCACGAGGCGCAUAUUGCGUGUUCCACCACCCACUAGCCAAGUUUCCUGGCCCACGGGUGGCAGCCGUCUCGAACCUCUGGUACGCCUACCACUGGAUGUCCGGUAGAUACCCGUGGGCCAUAGAGGACGCCUUCCGCAAGUACGGCCCCGUCGUGCGCAUUGCACCCAACGAGCUCGUCUUCUACACUCCUCAGGCCUUCACAGAUAUCUAUGCAACGCAACACCGGGGCCUCGAAAGCUUCCCAAAGACAGACUUCCAGGAUCGUGGCAAAGACCUUGGCGGCAUUGCCUGGGAGAAUGAUCCCGUUCGGCAUCGCGAGGUCGCCAAGAAGCUCGCCCCCGCCUUCAGCAGCCGGGCCAUCAGGGCCAUGGAGCCACUAGUCCAUGAGUACAUGGACUACUUUAUCCAGAGGAUGAAGGAUCUCGGUCCUUCUGCUGCGGGCGGCGUGAGCCUCCUUGACUGGACAAACUGGCUGGCUCUAGACCUGGCAGCAGAUCUUGCGUGGGGCCAGAAGAUGCACGAGAUGCGGAAUAUGAAGAGUGCCACCUACCUCGAGGCCCUCCUUGCCUUUAAUUCCUUCGCAACUGUCAUGCAGGUCUUCAAGAAAUUCCCCCUCCUAGUCCUUUUGCAGUACUUUUUCGUUCCUCUGCACAAGUUGGGCGCCUUUGUGGCCAUGGAGACGGCAACACGGCAAGCGACCCUGCGAUGCAUCGAUAUGAUCGGCAAGACGGAGCACCCCGACUUUUUCGACUAUAUCCUGCCUCCGGAUGAGCCGAAACCAACAGAGAAGCGCCAGCUUGUGCAUCUGGGCUCCCUGGGACUGCAGAUGAUGUUUGCCAACUGGGGUCCUAUGGCGGAUUGGUGGUACGGCACGCUGUUGUACCUGCUGGACGAGCCUGCAUGCUACAGCCACCUGGUCAAGGAGAUUAGGGGCAAUAUUUACAGCUAUGAUGACAUCAACCCGACCACCCUGGCAUCGCUCCCGUUCCUUCACGCCUGUCUCGAGGAGACGCUACGCUUGCUUCCCACCAACCUUACAGGACUGCCGCGGUAUAGCCCCGGCGCUGUUGUGGACGGUUAUUUUGUUCCUAAGGGUACCACCGUGCAGAGCAGUAUCUUUACGCUCGCUCGCAGCCCGGAUUACAUUCGUGACCCUCUCUGCUACCGACCACAGCAUGAGCUGAAGAGUCUUCCUUUCUUUAGCCUGGGUCCCCGAGCGUGCCUUGGCCGCGAGAUGGCGUGGAUGCAAGGGAAGCUUUUCCUAGCAAAGGUGCUGUGGGUGUUUGAUGUCGUCAAAGUUACACUGAGGAGAAAGAUAUUAGGUCUAAGGCCAUGUUCAUGA